AUGUUCUCCGCUUUAGGGCUCUUCAAGGGCGUGCAAUGCCCUCAGCAUUACGACUGUACGCUCACAAGUUGCUUCUUUUCACAUGGACCGGUGAAAACCCCCGACGAUGCAGCAGGGACCAUCAAGGCAGCUCAAGAGUAUAAUCCUUUCAGUGCGGGAGAGAUCACCACUCCUCCCGCCAAGAGAAGGAGGCUAGCAUCUCCACGGCCGCAAGAUGUUGAGGUUGAAACAGGACAAAUACACUCAACUUCGUCAAAACCACAGCUUACGCCUGUUGCAAAGAAGGACGUUACCCCUUUGUUGGUAAAGGAUGGGAACACUCCUGCGCCGGCUCGUGUCUCCAAAGCACAAGCUUCAGAGAAGAAAGCCAUACCAACGUCGGUUACAAGGACAGUUUCACCCCCUCCGACAAAGGAACCCAAGGCUCCGGCCGCUUCAACAGGGAGGAAAGUGCUCAAAGCCGAAAGUCUAACGCCGCGAAAUGUGGCUAAAGCUCCGGCCCUCUGGAAAACCAGGCUGGCAGUUCUGCAGAAGCUGCACGAACAGCUGCGAGCUCAGAAUCAGAAGUUGGAAUCAUCAGGGAAUGGACGGAAGGCCCUUGUGCUCAGCGGACAGGAGUUGAUCACCUUUGCUCUCGACGAGGAGGAAGAAGCGGCCAGCAAGCUUACAGACAACAUUUACAAGAAUGCAAUGGCCCAAAAAAUCCUACGCAUAAAGAAAAUGACAACAGAUGAAUGGGUCAAAGCCGUGGCCGACUGGAUGGGGUAUCCGUCUCAAACCCAACCUCAAGAAAAGGUCAAUAAGAGUGCUACAAAUAUGUUUCCACCAGGUUUGUCAUCUACGAAGGAACAGAUUGCUGUUCUCAGACAUCUACGCACUCCACUCGAAGGUCUUGAGAAGUUUGGAUACGUUACAAGCAAGCCUUCUGCCAGCGAAAUCGCCAGCGUCAAAGCAGCCUUAGCAGCCACUGGAGGAUUUGAGACCUGUGACCGUUGUUCUACCAGAUUUCAGGUGUUUCCUGGUCGCGAUGAGAAUGGCCGUCUUACAAGCAAGGGCAAAUGCCGCUAUCAUUGGGCUAGAUCCAGUCGCUCAACUUCGUUCAAGACCGACAGGAUGUAUGGUCAGUCAGAGACUCUAUAUCCAUGUUGCAACAAAGCGCCGGGGAGUGAAGGCUGCUCUGAGGCGGAAACACAUGUUUUUAGUGUGAAAGAUCCUAAGAGGUUGGCAGCCGUCCUGCAAUUCGAGCAUACCCCGGACAAACCAGAUAUACGUGGAAAUCCGCCGAUUUCAUUCGACUGUGAGAUGGGAUACACCACCUUGGGGUUGGAGGUAAUCAGAGUCACAGCUGUCUCAUGGCCCGAAGGGAAACUUCUAGUGGACGUCCUGGUACGACCAUACGGGGAGGUUCUUGAUCUGAACACAAGAUUUUCUGGUGUGACGCAGCAAGCCUUUGCCGAUGCACUGCCGUACGAGGCUGCAAUGCCAGACCAGGAUGAUCUCGGCGCACAUGACAACCCUGACCAGGUUGUACAGUUACGCAAAGUGGAAUCGCCGGCCGCAGCUAGACAGCUGUUGUUCGACCGCCUUACACCUGACACACCAUUGAUCGGACAUGCCAUCGAGAAUGAUCUGAACGUCUGUCGGAUCAUCCACCCGUUCGUCAUCGAUACGGCCCUCCUCUAUCCUCAUCCGCGAGGCUUACCUAUCAGAUACGGGCUGAAAAUGCUGAGUCAGAAACAUCUAUCCCGAGGCAUCCAAACGGGUGGCGAGGCUGGUCAUGAUUCGAAGGAAGAUGCUGUAGCGACGGGCGAUCUUGUUACCAAGAAGGUGGCAGAGAAGUGGCGCAUGAUGCAGCAUGAAGGGUGGGAAUUCGUCGACGGGUUACUAACGGCUCCUGAGGAGACCAAAAGAGUCGAGAACGUGCGCGGCAGGCCGUUCUCUGAUCAAAGCUAG